AUGCUUCAGAAACACAUUCUCUUCAAACAUUCUUCCUUUGCUUCAUUGUCUCCACAAACACGGGAAGCCUAUCAUCUUCUCAGGCAAUUACUUUCUCUCAAAUAUAAAUUCCCUCUUCCGAUGAGAAAUAAAUACGUUCACAAUAUCAAGGAAUCGUUUUCAGUGGUAACUUUGUUCGGAACUGAGCAAGAGCAACUACAAUUAUUGAGUAAUGUUUCUAGACAUGAUUUAGCAUUGCUCCGAAAAUUCACGGAAUUACCUGAAGAGGCCUAUCGCUUAUUUGAUAAGAGAUUAUAUGCACCAGAUUUAUACGAACAAAAAUCAACAGAAAAUGCUGAAACCUCCACAACAACACCACCUCACAAAAACUCAAAUAAAGAAGAAUGA